AGGAAGCCCUCACUAUUCAGUGGAGUUCUUCCACAGGAAGGUAGUGAGCCUCUGUUUCCUUCUCUCUCCCUGCCCCGACUACCUUGAGGUGCUGUUGUGACCCCAGAGCCACAGCUACCUGAUCUGUGCCUCCAUAUCUGAAAUACCAAGUGGGCCCCAAGUGUCUUGUUACUGCUUUUGAUUGUCCUUGCUACUCAGCAUUAAGACCUGUGAGGAGUGAUUUCCAGCUGAGACCAGCCCCGUGCAGCUCACAUCAGCAUGUCUUGGGGAGAGGAGUUGGUUUUGGCUAAUCUGAGCUAAACCUUCCCUGGAGGAGUGCAGCUGCUGCCCCAGCCACGCAAAGCCACUUUCUCCUCUCCCCAUCUGUCAGGGUUCUCAGAGAGGUACUGGAGCCGUCCCUGGGCAUCACGCAGCACAUGCCUCCCCCUGUGUCAAGACCCCUUCCUCCAGGGGACCUGGCCCAGUCUGAACAGGAGGAACAAUGCUGUAAACCAAAGGUUUUUUGGAGUAAACUUUGUUCCUGCAAAGUCUGGAGGCAUAAAACAAUUGAUAGCGCUUUUGAAUACACAAAGCUUACAAGCAAUCUGCUGCCUUAGGUCUUUCCCCACGUGAGCAUCCCCCACCAGUCUCUGCAGCACAGCACCCCAUGUGAAUGGGCACCCUUGAAGUUGCAGCAAGUCCUUUCUUGUGGACAGUGCAAUUGUCUCACAAGAAGUGUGAAAGGAGGAAGCUGCCUAAAGAGAAGUGGAGACCUCUCAGCCACAGGAGUUUUUAUGAGUCAGAUGCUGCUCAGCUGUUGCAUUGCAGAUGUCUUAGCUAAAAACAAGCAUUCAUUGAAAAUCAAAGACUCUUCGUGAAUAUAGGCGGCAGGAGCCUCCCACAAAACGUGGUUUUUCUUCUUCAAAAGGCUCUCCUUAGAUUUGCCUACAAUAGAUUACUUAAAGCUUGCCUGCACUGUGAAGCUGAUUCAGAGCCAGCAUGGUGUGGAUCUGAAAUGGUCCAGCUGUUCGGGACGAAUUCGCCGUCUGGUUGUCCUCACUCUGUGAAUGUGAGUGCCUUCCUCUGGAGUGACCUAGUGGAGAAGUUGGCUGUGGAGGGCCAUUUUAUGGAGUCAGUGGUACAGUACAGCCUUUGCUCUAUACUGACUACUCAUGAGUAUACUGGUUUUCUGUGUUGAAGGCAGAACAGGCGAUCCCCCACGUUGUGGAAGGUGACAAAGUUCGUUGUAAAUGCGAGCGAUAUUUUACAGCCAUCAGGAAGCAAAGCUCUGUGUGUUAAAGUGCUUGUGGUCUGGUCUUUGGACACCCGCUGGUAGGGCUGACACCAUCGUUGUAGGACAGAGAAGUCAGUCCUGGUGUGGGGUGGAGUCUGACCAAAAAGCAGAAGAGCUCGUGUCUGCCAGGAACUGCUUGCCAAAUGCAGUGUGUGUACAUCUCGCCUGUCCCUUGGCAAACAGGAGGGCAUCGACCAGCUGCCCUGGCAUGAAAAUACCUGCCAAACCCCCACCUCCUGUGCCUUCUGCAUCUUUGGGUCUGGGUGCGUGCUUGCCGCCUUUGACCUCCCCAUCAUGAUCCCAAAUCCAAAAGUCAUCUUCCUGUUUCUUUGGUUGCUUCAGUGUGGAGGAGGAAAUGUCGAUGUACUGCAGAAACCUCCAAUCCAGGUUGCCUUGCUCAAGGAAGAAAUAUCCAUCCCCUGUAAAGUCAUCUUCCCUUACAUGCCGAAAUACACCAAAUUUUCAAUCUCCUAUUACUGGAUUAAUUCACUGGAUCAGAAGACAUUUAUCUAUAGUAGGGUGGAAAACAUAGCCAUUCCUUCUGGAGAAGAGAAUAAGACUGCUGCCUUAGCUUAUGACCACAGAAUCAUGCCACUUGAAAACACCUCCUCUACUGGCACAUACUACUGCGAGGUCAAAUGGAAUGAUAUCAAAAAAAUGGGAAAGGGAGUGUUUGUUCUUAUUAGAGAUACAGGAUACAUAAAUACCUCUUACAGCUGGGAAAUCCUCGUUACCCUUACUGUUCUUCUGGCUGUAUUGAGCAUCACUGCAACUGCUCUGCUUCUAUGGAAAAGAAAGGUGUUGUGCCCUAGAAGGAACCAGCCAAAUAUCCUGAGACAGAAGGCAGAAACACAGCUGCCUUCAGCCAGCCCACCACCACUACCACCUCCUGUCUAUGAUAAAAGGAGCCUGGAUGUGCAGCAAGUUGAUGUCUAUUCUAGCCUCGAGAACAACACAAACAACCCAUCACACAGAAAGAAUCCUCCAGGGAAGACACCUAAGAAGCAAGAAAGUCUAGAAGAAUCCUCUGAUACGUUGUAUGAGAAUAUUUAACAGGGAAGAUACCUGACGCUAUGUGGACCAGACAUCUCUCUGUAUAGCAGAGCUACUCUCUUACAUCCCUGAUGAGAUGCAGAUACAUGGAGAGAUCCACACUGACUUCAGAGCACAACCUCUAGGGAAUUGUGAACCCCUUGCCCCUUCUAAACUGCCCUUCAUUAACAACAGAAUGUAUCUGUUGAAAUCCCUCGGGGCUCGGUCUGCAUUGAUGCAGCAAAGCUAUUUUGCAGCAAAGCUGUUUGCUGCAAAAGAAAAGCUGCUUUUGUCAAGCACUUAUCUUGGGAAUGGGCAAUCUGUGAAGGUUUCUCUCACCUGCCCCGGCUGAAAUACUUAACUGUUGAUCCUCUGCAAGUGGUAGGACAAUCCGGAGAUUUCCCUGCGUGCUGGCUUGAUGUUCCCGACCUGCAGCCGCCCAUCUGAUCCUGUGCUUGUGGCUUUGCUGAAACAGCCAUCAGGACCUCAUGCAUAGUUUAAUCAGAUCCAAGCAUCCACCUGCCCAUUUCCCUUUCUCAGGAACCCCACAGCAAACACGCUUUCUCAUAAUCUGCUAAUCCUAUCAAGUAGUCACAGAUGCCUGCUGCGACCUUAGUGGGGCGACUCAAAUCAGUGCCUCUAAGAAAAUGCUUCCCCUUCAGCAGUAUCAGCAGUGAGGACUGGAUGCACUGGUGGAGAUAAAGGUGGAGAAAAGGAACACAGAGAAAUAUCCCUUCCUGACAACAUGUCUCAGUGACAGUGCCCAUUCCAGAACAAGAAAGAGGUUCAAGGAGGGGGGAACGUGAGGAAACUCCCUUGCUGGGGCUGCAUAAGCCAGGCGGGUCUGGGGCCAGGCUCCAGCCUGCAGAAGUCCUAGGGGAGCUCCCCAGUUUCCUUUUCUUCUUGGCAGUGGGCAUUGUUAUCGUUUGGGAUUUUGAGCCUCUGUGGGAGCAGGCAUGGUACCUCUGCCCCACCAAAACCAAUCCAUUGGCCUUUGUUUCAGCUGGCUGUUGUAGAGAGUAUAAAGCUCCUUUACCCCUCCACCAUACAUUAUUGCCAAGGAGAUCAGUUCUGAAACCUAGAACGACUGGAAGAAGGAGGAGGGAGGCCUUAGAAGUGAAUUUGCUGUCCAAGUUCUUUCUCCCCUGUCAGCUGGAACUUGCCUACCGUUUGUGUUGGUGCAUAUUCUGGUUCUGAUAGGGAAGGAGUUACAUUAAAUAGCUGUAGAACAUGAUCAAACCAGCAGAUCAAAAAGCUGAGGCUGUUUUAUCUCAUAUUAAAAAACAACAACGAAAUAACAACCAAACAAAACCAACCCAAAAUAAGAAUAUGCAGCAUAACUUGAGAGGAAUUGUAGAAACCUCUUUAAAGAAGAAGAUCAAAUUAAAAUUGAGCUCCAGGGUCAUAGGACCCUCUCUAGCUGAAGAUAAUGUUGCUAUGUAUUAGAGAUAGAGGCUGUGGAAAAUGUCUCCGGGGCCUCCAACCUUCCUAUACCAUGUUUAAAGAGAUAAUCCGCUUAUUGCUUUGCUCUUUUUAUUAGAAAAGAUUUCAAACAUGCAAUUUGGACUUUCUUUAACCACAGAAAAAUGUUUUUUCUCUUCCCAGUGCUGAGGAAUUCAUUUCAGAAAAGGCAAUGAAUGGACAGCAUGUCUUAUUAGAUCCAUUUAUAAUUUGUUAAGUGAUCACAACAAUUAUAAAUAUUUUUGAAGUAAAACAUUUUACAUUUUACUAAUAUGACCAGGAAAUAUUUGUGUUCACAGAAGAAUUUACAGAGGAUUGUACAUGUAUAACAAUUCCUUUCCUUAACAAAUUUGAAGAAAUGAUGAGAUGAAUUAUAAAUAUGUUGCAGUGUGGCAAUAAAAUAUUCAGCAGAUGCUGGUGGAUUAGAUGAAAAGUAAAAACUUUCAAAAUAAUGAUGGUUAGGUUUUGUGUUUUGUUUUUUAAAUUUUAUAAGUGUUAAAAAUACUGGAUGCUACUGGAAAUUUCCUGGCAAGGAUCUCUCUUUGCAGUGAGUUGAUUUGUCUUGUGUUUCUGUUACCUUUUAAAGUAACAUGUUUCUUACAUUUAUGCCUGAACAAUUCUAUAUUAAAAAGCUGAAGCUGUUUAAAAUAAAACAUAAGAGAAAGAACA